AUGAAUAAGAGAAAAUCGCCUAAAUAUCCUGAGUUAGAGAAGGCUAUUUUUAGUUGGGUACAAGAAUUAUAUAGUAAACUCAAACUCGUGACUCAUGCUAUGAUACAAAUUAAGGCCAAAACAUUAUCUCAAAAAUCACCUUAUAUUACUUAUUAUCCUGGUAUUACUAAAAGCAAAUUUAGCAAUAAUAAUCAGCAUCGAACAUCUGUAGCUCAAAAACUCCUUGAAGAUCUGCAAUUACAACAACAAGAGUUUUUAAGUUUUGUAUUGUAUAAUCGAAUUCAAUAUAAUUAUCUUCUUGCCUUAAUAGAUAAUAUAGAUAAAACUCCAUUAUUAUUCAACCUUCCAAAUAAUACUACAAUUGAUAAUUGUGAUGCAAAUACAGUUUCAAUUCAGACCU